ACAGACAAACACACACUCUUCCUGUACCGCAGGAGCAUUGAUGCAAAGAAGAACCCGAGUCUCAUAAAGAUGAGAAAGAGUCUGAGGGAGAGAGAUGAAAGAGAGACUCAAAGAAACCGGGCUGACGUCAUGACAGAAAACGUUUGAGAGGCAAACCUGAAGUGAAAGAGCUCAGUCUCAACCUGUGUGGUUUCCUGCAAGUCACAAGGGAUCUCUUUGCUUUCUCUCCUUGUGUUGCCGGUCAGGAUGAAGUUGCUGUUGGUUGUUGCUGCUGGUUUGGCCGUGGCCAGCUGUGCCAGCGUCUCUCUGGAAGACCUGGAAUUCCACGCCUGGAAACUCAAGUUUGGAAGGUCCUACAGCUCUCCAUCAGAAGAGGCUCAGCGUAGAGAGAUCUGGCUCAACAACCGCAAACUGGUGGUGGUGCACAACAUCCUGGCUGAUGAAGGCAUCAAGUCCUACCGCCUUGGCAUGACCUACUUUGCUGACAUGGAAAAUGAAGAGUACAAGCAACUGAUUUCCCUGGGCUGCCUUGGCUCCUUCAAUGCCUCUCUGCCUCGCUACGGCUCUACUUUCUUCCGGCUGCCUAAAGGCACUGAUCUGCCCAACGCUGUUGACUGGAGGGACAAAGGAUACGUCACCGAUGUCAAGGACCAGAAGCAGUGCGGCUCCUGCUGGGCCUUCAGUGCAACUGGCUCCCUGGAGGGUCAGAACUUCAGGAAGACUGGGAAGCUGGUGUCUUUGAGUGAACAGCAGCUGGUUGACUGCUCUGGCAGGUACGGCAACUAUGGCUGUGGUGGAGGCCUGAUGGACAACGCCUUCAAGUACGUCCAAGCCAGUGGAGGGAUAGACACAGAGGACUCCUAUCCUUAUGAGGCUGAGGAUGGCCAGUGCCGCUUCAAACCUGACUCCGUUGGUGCCAAAUGCACAGGCUACGUUGAUGUGCCACUUGGUGAUGAAGAUGCCCUGAAGGAGGCUGUGGCCACCAUCGGACCUGUGUCCGUGGGCAUUGAUGCUGCUCAUGUUUCCUUCCAGCUCUAUGAGUCAGGAGUGUAUGAUGAGCAAGACUGCAGCAGCACGGACUUGGACCAUGGUGUGCUGGCUGUGGGCUACGGCUCUGUCAGUGGACGUGACUACUGGCUUGUCAAGAACAGCUGGGGUCUAAAAUGGGGAGACAAGGGAUACAUCAUGAUGUCCAGGAAUAAACACAACCAGUGUGGCAUUGCGACUGCAGCCAGCUACCCCCUGGUCUGAGGAGGUCCAGAACUUUUCUCAGUGACGAGGAGAACAGCGGCACAUAAUUAACUUUAAUUUCAUAGAUUUGAAGAAACUGAGUGAUGGAACCUCAUGUCCUUUGGUUGUUUCUUGGAAGCUAAUAGGGUGUAAUAUCUGUCCGUUUCCUGGCACACUUUUAGGAUAUUUCUUUUAAGAAGAUUGUAAAUAAAUGUAAAGAAAUAAAAAGCUGUUUUUUUUUGA